UGUUUGCUGAAGAUGGAGGAGAAGUUCGCCAGCGGCCAGUACCGGGGCAUCACGGAGUUUGUGGCGGACUUCAGGACGAUGCUGGAGACGUGUUACCGCCUGCACGGAGUGGACCAUUGGAUCUCCAAACAGGGUCAGAAGCUAGAGAUGCUGCUGGAGCAGAAGUUGGCGCUUCUCUCUCGGCACUUGAGAGAAAAGACAACGAUAGCAGUUACAUCUAGAGGCUAUUAUGGAUUGGAGGAUGAGAAGGGAACUGCAUGUACUUCAACAAGGCGUCGGUCAACACCUCGAAGUUUGGCAGGCUUGACCAGUGGAGUUUUUGAGUCUAUAAUGGUUCAAGUUUUGAGACAGGAAGAACAGCUGAGAGCAAAAGAAGAAAAAAGACUUCGGGAGCAGGAAAGAAAAGAAGCAGAAGAAGCUUGUCAAAAAGAAAUAGAAGAAUGGGAAAGAAAACUUCUAGCUCAAGCAGCUCCAACUUGCAUGGAGAACAUGUGGGAAAUUCCAGCCAUUGGACAUUUCCUUUGUUUAGCCCAGCAAAUUCUAAAUUUGCCAGAAAUAGUCUUUUAUGAAUUGGAACGUUGUCUUCUGAUGCCUCAGUGUAAUACUUUUCUAUCAAAAAUUAUGACUUCUUUAUUAAGUCCUCCUCAUCGCAGACCUACCUUACAUCGAAGACCUACUUUGCCUUAUAGGACCUGGGAAGCAGCACUCAGACAGAAAGUACAGCAGUGGUAUACUGCUGUAGGGCAGACUGAAAAUCCUGAUAAUUGUGCUGAAAAACUUGGGUUGUGUCCUCAAUUUUUUAGAGUUCUUGGAGAAGUUAAUCCAUUGGAAGAGAAACCUUUUCAUGAACUACCCUUCUACCAAAAAGUGUGGUUACUUAAGGGUCUUUGUGACUUUGUAUAUGAAACACAAAAAGAAGUUCAAGAUGCUGUACUUGGACAGCCUAUUCAUGAGUGCAGGGAAGUUAUCCUUGGUUAUGAUUAUUUGGAAAAUGCUUAUGUACAUUUUCCACAGUUCUGUGGUGCAGAUGUACGGAUUUAUAAACAGAGACCCUUUCAGGCCCCAGAAUUUCCAAUUCCACCCAUUCAAGUACAAAGAGUACCUCGGAUUAAACUGGAGAAAUUAAAGUAUGACUAUGUUAGUACAAGUAAUGGAGAACAUAGGUGUAGUAGAGAAGGCCUGCCCUCUGCCGUCAGGAAAGAACAAGAAAGUAAGUUUGAUUCACCUUGUUGCCCUGCUAACGUGAACUUUGAUAAUCAUGACAUCUCUGUUGAAAUGGAAGUUAAAUCUAACUGUGAAAUUAAAAUUCCCAGGCCCUCUGAAAUUAAAAAAACUGAUUGUUGUAAGGAGAAUUUGGGAAAACCUGGGAGUCCAGGGGAAGUUACUGGCUUUGGUGAGCCACUCAGUCCAGGUGAAAUAAGGUUUAUAGAAAAUCAGGAAAAGUAUGGUGAAACUUCCAGAAUAAAAAGUGAGUCUAGUCCAUUAAAAGAAAAUUCCCUAAAAUCUUGUCAAAUUCAUAUAAAUGGAAGUCACACUGAUCAUCCAGAAAUUAACUGCCACAAAAUUGUAAGGGAUUUCUUAUUAGAGCAGUCAAUGCAAAGUCACAAGAAACUCAAACUAACAAAAAUGAGGGCAAAAAAGAAGAAAAAGAAAAAAAAGAAAUUGAAAGAUGUUUUGAAUGAAAAUUUACAGAGAAAACGUGAAAAUCUUCAUUCUCUUGUAUUCAAGUCUUACAAACCUGAGAUCCAGAAUAAGUUAUUGAUCAUCAAAAAGAAGGCAAAACAUAAGAAGCACAAAUCUGGAAAAAAAUCUAUAUCUAAGAAAGCAAUCACAAAGAAAAGGAAAACUCUCACAAAAUCACCUGCUGUACCAGAAUUUCAGGGCAAAUGGUAUCAUCGGAGACAAGCUGUAAAAGAAUUACAUAGUACAUUGAUACGUCUUUUAAAUGAAUUAUUACCAUGGGAACCAAAGUUAAUGAAGGCUUUUCAAAGAAACAGGAGUCGCCUAAAGAAAGACUAUGAUGAUUUCAGAAGACAACCUGAUCAUGAUAAAUUUUCUCGAGAGCUGUGGACUACUGAAGAAUGUGAAGGAGAUCCUGGGAAAGAAUCUCCUAAAGUAGAAAUCAAUAGGUCUAUAGACUCAACAGAACCUCUAGAUAUCCUGGAGAAAGAUCACUUUGAUUCAGAUGAUAUGAAAUUGUCAGAAAUUGAUUUUCCUAUGGCCAGAAGCAAACUGUUGAAAAAGGAAUUGCCUUCUAAGGAUGUACUGAGGACACUGCCUAAAACACUUAAACGACAGUCCAAACAAACUAAUUAUCCGGAUGAUAGCACAAAAGAGCUUUCGCCAAGGAAGAAGGCAAAGUUAAGCACAAGUGAAACAACAGUUGAAAAUUUAGAAGGUGACAUGCAGAUUGACUGUUUGAAUGAAUCAAAGCAUAUAGAGCUACCAUUUCCAGAGUCACUUGCCUCAGUGGAUUCAGUACCAGUGUCUACUCUCCAAAAAGGGACCAAGCCCAUUCAGGCAUUGCUUGCAAAGAAUAUUGGGAACAAAGUGACCUUAACAAAUCAACUGCCCCCUUCUACAGGUAGAAGUGCUUCUGCUGUGGAAAAGCCAGUUGUAUCUCCUCCAGAAGCAAGCCCCAUGAAGCCAGCAUUAACCUGCCUAUCCAGUACAAAAAGUCCUUUACAGAUGGUAUACAAAAUGCCCUGUGGUCAGUGGUUGCCCAUAGAUCUUCACAAUAGCUCUGUGAAAAUUCAGAUGCAACCUGUGAUGGAUCCUAAAACAGGAGAAAAAAUUAUGCAACAGGUUCUUAUUUUGCCUAAGAAUUUUGUGAUUCAGCACAAGGAAGGAAAAGCAGUUGCAAAAGAAAUAUCACCACUUCAACAAAAAGGUACAGAACAACAUUACCCAUCUUUCCCAGCAACAGCAAGUACAAAUGCUUCUUCAGCGUCGGUUCUUGUCACCUCAACAAGUACUGUUUCUGCCCAACUGCCUAACACAGUUUUUAACAAGAUAAUUGCACCUCCAUCAAAUAGUAGUAGUGCUAGACCACAGCCUUUGUCACCUAAAACCUCUGUAAGUAAUUUAUUAUUACCACCAGUUAAAACUAGCCAGAGUGAAGCAGGAAAAACCAAGAAUGCAGUUUCAGCAACCACAUUCCCCCAGCCUGUUGUUUCACCUACUAUUUCCUCAACAGUUCAACCUCUGUUAUCAGCAACAACACUAAGUGGGUCUACAAGUCUUGGUAAUCCCCUUACCUGUUUUGCACAACAAACUACUGACUCUACUGAAGCAAAGCAGGAACUGAAAACUGUGUGUAUAAGAGAUUCACAGUCAAUUCUUGUUCGGACUCGAGGAGGUAACACUGGAGUUGUAAAAGUGCAGACCAAUCCAGAUCAGAGUUCCCCCAACAGCUUAUCUUCAGGCUCAGUUUUCACAUUUGCUCCUCAACUUCAGGCAUUUCUAGUGCCCAAAUCAACUUCAUCAUCAUCAGUUUUUUCACAAAUAGCUGGAAUGACUACUACAUCUAGUCUCCCACAAUGCAGCCAAACACCCACUUCUGUUUCCAUUCCUUGUGGCUUUAAUCCCUCUGUGGGAAAAAAUCUCAAACCUAUGUUAGGCCAGCCCUCCAGCACUGGUAGUUUGAUAAAUAAGACUUCACCCACACCCUCUUCUCCCUUGAAGUCAUCCUCUGUUUCUUCCAGCACUCUACUACCAUCAACAACAAAUAGUUCAGUUAAUGUAAUUAACAUAUCAACAGGAAGUUUUGGUCAAACCAAUGCAAAUGCUAUUCAUACUCCAAAUAAACAGCAGCAAGUAGAUUAUAUCACAAAGAGUUGCCCUAUUAUGAGAUCAGAAGCAACAGCAGCAAUAAAUGGAGAUGUGAUCAGUGGGACUCCAGUUCAGAAACUUAUGCUGGUAUCAGCUCCAUCUGUUCUUCCUUCUAGCAAUGGAACUACAGUUAAUGUGGAACCUGCGCCAACCUCUACAGGUAUUUCAACCCAGAAAUUAGUUUUUAUUAAUGCUCCAGUUCCCAGUGGCACUUCUGCCUCAACUAUUGUUGCAGAACCAUUGAAACAAAGUCUUUCUCCCCACCUGAAUAAAACAUACAUUAAGAGUCCAGAGCAACCCCAGAUAGUACUAAUUCCAUCUUCGGUGGGAGCACCAUUAAAAAUAAAUUCCUCCCCAACUGUGUCUCAAAUAAAAGAUGUAAAAAUUGGGCUAAACAUAGGUCAAGCAAUUGUAAAUCCUUCAGGCCAUGUACCAGCUAUACCAUCAAUUAAUAUAUUACAAAGUGUAACGCAGAAAGGAGAAGAGAAAAGUAGCAAGGGCUAUGUUUUGCCACUGUCAACAACUGGUAAUUCAGUUUCAUUAAGCUCAAAUUUUGUGAGUCAAAAUAUUCCCGCUGUUAAUGAAUCAGUGGUUUCUGCAGCUAAAGCAGUAAACAUGUUUUCAGUUACAGGAGCAAAUGUUUCUUUGGGUUCCCUUUCAGUGACCUCAUCCUCUGCUGCAGUUGGGACACAACCUCCUGUGUUAGUCAGUGGAAAUGAUACCUCUUCAAGAAUUAUGCCUGUUUUGUCAAAUAGACUUUCCACAUCAAAUCUCGGAAACACUGUGGCUAUAUCAACUGUGAAAACAGGACAUCUUGCAUCCUCUGUUCUUAUCUCAACUACACAACCAACAUUGACUCCCAAAUGUUUAACAUCAGCUUUGCAAAUUCCUGUUACUGUUGCCUUGCCCUCGCCUGUGACUACAUCUUCAAAAAUAAUCAGCACAGUUCCACAAUCAACAACAGCAACAGGAGCCACAAAUCCUGUAUCUCUUUCUAAAAGACAAUCUCGAACUUCUCUCCCAUUUCAAACACCAGGGACUUCAACUACAGUGCCAACAAAUGGAAACACAAAUAAACCUCAAACUGAAUUGUCAACACUUUCUCCAAGUCCAGGUAGAAUCAUUAAUAUUUCCAAUUUUACUUCUCUGCCAAACCACCAAAUGUCCCCUGCUUUAGUAAAAUCAACCCCCAGUUUCAAUUGUGCUCCAAGUGGCUCUGUUGUUCACACUGCUACACCACCAUCAAAUGUAACUAGUCUGGUAGGGGGUGCCUUCAGUGAACCUUGUAUUCAGCAAAAAAUAGUUAUCAACACCAGUACACCUUUGGCACCUGGUACUCAGAUCAUGAUUAAUGGAGCCCGGUUUAUUGUCCCACCACAAGGUCUUGGAGCUGGCAGCCAUGUUCUCCUUAUAUCUACUAAUCCAAAAUAUGGACCUCCCUUGGUUCUAAACAGUGGCCAAGGCAUUCAGGCUACACCAGUAGAUAAUCCUGCCCAGAAGGUAACAGUAGGAUCAAACCAUUCUUUGGGUGGGCAACCUGUUAAACAUUCUCUAAGAAGCUCUACAAAAAUUAUAAACUCGCUUGGGAAUGCCAGUUCUCUUCCCACAGUACAUACAACACCACAAAUUGUAAACACAACUGCUAAAAUUUCUAUUCCACCUCCUGCACCAGCAGUGUCAUUGACUUCAGUUAUUAAGUCUCCUCCAGCUACUCUUUUGGCUAAGACAUCUUUGGUGUCUGCCAUUUCUUCUGGUAAUCCUCCACUGCCAAGUAGCACUUCGGUAUUGCCUUUGGACACAUCUGUGAAAAAAUUGUUGGUUAGUCCAGAAGGAGCCAUUUUGAACACCAUAAAUACUCCAGUCUCUAAGGUUUCUUCAUUGUCUUCAUCUCUCUCUCAAAUUGUUGUAUCUGCCAGUCAAAAACCUGCCUCUGUCUUCCCUGCUUUUCAAUCAUCUGGUUUAGAGAAACCUGACACAGCUGCAUCUUGAAUUAGACUAAACGAGCCAGUUUUUAAAUAUUGGGGCAUUGUUUUAACUCCCUUGAAAAAUUUUAACUGUUUAUUAUCUGUUGAAAACAUACUCUAUACAUAGUUGAGAGAAUGUGUACGUGCGUGCGUGCGUGCGUGCGUGUGUGUGUGCUUUAGCUUGCAGCAAGAUUUUCUUUUUUUAGGGAGGGAAAAGUGUAUAGAGGGAAAAGUGUAUACCAUUUCACUCAUUGAUAGGAGGAUGUUUUUCAGAAGUUCUUUGUUUAAAUAUAUGGUCAAGAUUUACUUGUCUGUAUAAAAAACUGAACAAAGUCAAAUUUGACUAGAGUAAGCUAGCCUUUUGCACACUUAAGUCGACAUUUCUUUUUUGAAUUUGAACUAUUACAGCGUAUUGAUGAUAUAGUUUUCUGUGUCAUUAGUAAAAUCUUAUUUUUGUUUCUGUACAAAGAAUAUAUAUAUUUAUGCAUUGUGAAAAUGCAGCCCAUGGUGUAAAAUUGUACAUAUUCCUAAAUCCCUAACAAGCUGUACUAAAUAUAUGUACAAAGAACUAUGCUGUCUUAUUUAUGUUUUGUUUACAUAAUGUAUAGUUUUUUAAGUAUUUUAGUAAUUUUGGACCAGUGAACUGUUAGCAACAAUGCAGAAGGAUCUGCAUGUAAUAAACUUGAGUUGCUGUA